AUGGACAGUCGUCCCUCGAAAAGACGCAGAUCCGACAAGGAUGGACCUUCUAUGUCAAGGUCUCGAUCUCUUAAAUCCACAGAUACUAAUGAAGCCUUUGGACCUGUCGCCCUCUCCUCUCGUCCUAAACUCGAAUCGCGUACAUCACACCGUUUGCCCUCGUCCACGCCCUCUCCAAUUAAGAAAACCAAGUCUUCGCCGAAGCCAGAGACCAAGUCCAAGACCUUGCAUACCUUUUUCCACCCAGCGACGGAAGGACAACGAUGGGCUCCUCCGAAGCCCGAGAAGAAGAAGCCAGCUCUCCCACCAGGCACAGAGACCGUGGAUGUUGAUUUGAUCGAAGACGACUACGAUUCCUAUGAUGAAAUAUUCACCCAGCAUCUGGCCACAGAGCGGACGGGUCUGGCAGCUAGCGUGAGCUCCAAGACGCGUCCUCCUGCGCCUAAACCACCAUUCAAACCGCGAAAAAGGACACAAACAAAACGAUUCAUCUUACCCCCAGAUGGAAUAAAUGGAGCUUUGGAGAAACAGGUAACCCCACAGCCGGCUAAGGAACCUGAUAGGAGACCAUGGGCUCAACGAUUCGCCCCAGCCAAUCUAGGCGAGUUGGCUGUUCAUAAGAAAAAGGUCUCCGAUGUACGACAUUGGCUGGAAGAUGCCUUCUCAGGGAGAAAGCCUGAGAGGUUACUCGUCCUACGUGGUCCGGCAGGCUGUGGGAAAACUACUACUAUCAAUCUUCUUUCCGAAUCACUUGGUUAUGAUAUUAUCGAAUGGAAGAAUCCACCUGUCUUGGACUUUGGUUCCCGGGACUAUCAAUCUGUGAGCGCCCACUUUGAGGAAUUUCUUGGACGUGGUGAUAAGUAUGGAGGACUUGACCUCGAGGGUACCGACAAUCUCGAGGUCCAGCAAGACAAUUCUCGAGAUAAUCGAAUCUUACUUGUUGAAGAGUUUCCAACGGUACUUACUCGGGGAUCUUCUCACAUCACUGCUUUUCGAGCGUCUCUUCAGCGCUAUUUGGCUGCUGCCGCCACUGAUCAUGCACUUGGCAUGGCUGGGUUGGCCCAUCCACCUAUUGUUAUCAUCGUAUCGGAAACGUUGCUGGGGUCUCCAUCCUCAAUCUCAGACAACCUGACAGUUCAUCGGUUACUGGGGCCAAUCAUCUACAAUCACCCCGGGACGACGAUCCUCGAUUUCAAUGCCAUUGCACCUACAUUCAUGCAAAAAGCCUUACGAUCUAUUCUCGAAAGAGAAGCGCGCGACUCCAAACGUGUGCAACUUCCGGGGCCAGGAGUGAUUGACAAGAUCUCAGAAAUCGGAGAUAUUCGCAGUGCAAUAUCAUCACUUGAAUUCUUGUGUCUGAAGAGAGAGGGUGCCGGUAAAUGGGGUGGCAACGCGGCCAAAACGAAAAAGGCCAGAGCCGAAGUGGCUUUGACGGCGAUGGAGCAAGAGUCUCUCAAAUUAGUUACACAGAGAGAGACCAGCUUGGGUAUGUUCCACGCCGUUGGAAAGAUAGUAUACAACAAGCGGAUGGACCCCAGUCUUGUCGAGGAUGAUGUCGAGAUCCUUCCACCACCGCCUGGCUACUUGCCUCACUGCUACCGACCCAAGGCCUCGCAAGUUUUGGUGAAUGAUCUGAUCGAUGAAACUGGAACAGAUAUUUCAACCUUCGUCAGCGCUCUUCAUGAGAAUUACCCGCCGUCUUGUGACGGAAUCGACUUUACGGAUUCUUUCAACAACUGCAUCGAGGCACUCUCCGACAGUGAUAUCCUGAGUGCUGACCGCCGAAUAGGAGGCGCGAGGGUAGGAGUCGGUACCGGAGCUACAUCAUUCAGUAGCGGUGUCGAUGUACUACGACAGGAGGAAAUGAGCUUCCAGGUUGCAGCGCGUGGCCUUCUUUUCGCGCUCCCAUACCCAGUGAAGAGGAAAGUAGGGUCAGAGGGUGUCCGAAGUCGCGCAGGUGAUGCGCACAAAAUGUUCUACCCAGCAUCUCUGCGACUAUGGAGAGAGUCUGAAGAAAUCGACGGACUAAUUGAUUCCUGGACGAAUCGAUUACUCAACCCUUUCAGCCAGCCUUUGGCGGUUUCAGGCUCUGAUCUGACAGGUGUCAAGUCCUGGAAAAACCUCCGGGUAGGAAAGUCGGCAGCAAUCAAUGCAAGUGGUAAAGACAAGCUGGCGAGUGUGAUCACAAUGAUGCCUCGCCACGACCUUCUACUGCAUCAGUUGCCCUACAUGGCCAUAAUUCGGCGCCAUGACCCGGACAGUUGGCAAUUGGAUAAAAUCACCAGCAUCCGGGGCAAUGAUAGCCUUUGCGAUGAUGGCAUGGAAGACGUAGAGGAACCUCUACGACAAUGGUUGAAGCAGCCCAGUGGGAAUGCUUUUGGACCUCGACUUCCCCAGGAAGAAGAGAAGUUGUUUCUCAGCGACGAUGACAUUGUGGAUUAA